AUGCGUGGUCGUCGCCACCAAUCCCGACUAUCGCGCAUGCGCCAAGUAGCAGAGGCUGACAACGACCGGACAAAGGGAUUCACUCACUCGACCAAUCUACACAGACACCAGCGAGUCCACACUGGAGAGAAGCCAUUCAUAUGCUCUGAAUGUGGGAAACGAUUUGCCCAAACAGCUCAACUGAAGUUACAUCAGCGAGUCCACACUGGGGAGAGGCCGUUCACUUGCUCUGAAUGUGGGAAGGGAUUUGCUCAGUCAUCUGAACUGAAGGUACAUCAGCGAGUUCACACUGGUGAGAGGCCGUUCAGCUGCUCUGAAUGUGGGAAAGGAUUCAUUCGUUCAUCUCAACUCCUGAGACACCAGCAAAUUCACACUGGGGAGAAACCAUUCAUCUGCUCAGAAUGUGGGAAGGGAUUCACCGAUUCAGUUCAUCUGAAAGAACAUCAGUUUGUUCACACUGUGGAGAGGCCGUUCACCUGCUCAGACUGUGGGAAAGGAUUCACUCGGCGUUUUAGUCUAUUAACGCACCAGUUAGAUCACAGUGAGGAGAAACCAUUCAUAUGCUCUGAAUGUGGGAAAGGAUUCACACAGUCAUCUCAACUGAAGGAGCAUCAGCGAGUCCACACUGGGGAGAAGCCGUUCAUCUGCUCUGAAUGUGGGAAGGGAUUUUCUCAGUCAUCUCAACUGAAGUUACAUCAGCGAGUCCACACUGGGGAGAGGCCAUUCAACUGCUCUGAAUGUGGGAAAGGAUUCAGUCGUUCUUCUCAACUCCUGAGACACCAGCGAAUUCACACUGGGGAGAAACCAUUCAUCUGCCCAGAGUGUGGGAAGGGAUUCACCGAUUCAGCUCAGCUGAAAGAACAUCAGUUUGUUCACACUGGGGAGAGGCCAUUCACCUGCUCAGACUGUGGGAAAAGAUUCAGUCGUUCAUCUCAGCUCUCGAGGCAUCAGCAAAUUCACACUGGGGAGAAACCAUUCUGAGGAAAUGCGGAUAUAUAAAAAAUUAUUUUGAACCUAAGUAACCUCUAGAUAAAAGAAUAAUUGGGACUGAACAGGAAUUUUUGAACUAAAGUAAACUCUGUCUUCAGCAGUUAAGAAACUCAAUGGCUUAUACUGGUUUCCUUUUAAUUGUCAGAGGGACAUUGAGAAUUUGAUAAUAUAUAUUGUACUCGUGUUUGAGUCAGGACUCAUCGAUAAGGUCAGCAAUGAACAUCGGUCUGGAAUGAAGUCAGGACCUUGCAAAGGGAAUAGCUGAUAAGGACUGGACUGUAUAUCCAUCUAUAUUCAAGCCUUGAGUUAGUGCACUCUGUUAUCUAAGACAUUAAGUUUUGCACCAACAGACUUGGUGGGCGUACCAGUUCUAAUAGCAGCUUGCAACAGUGAUGUAUGGGACUUACUAUGUAUGAAUAUACUGCUGUAACCUGACUGAGAGAGUCCAAUUGUCAGAUGGUUGGCAGCACUGACAUGCCUUCCCUCUGAUAACUGGGUCUCAGACUCUUGCAAGAGAAUGCAAUAAACUGUGGUGCCGAGAGGAAACUGGUCUCCCGAGUUUAACAUUGGGUGUCACGAACAGGAUCCCAAUACAGAGAGUGCGAAGCAGACAGACGGAGUAAGCGGCCGGACCACU